GAGGGAUUCAGUUUUUCUCUUGUCGCUUUGCCUCCAACUCGACAAUUACCCGACGCCUUUACGCUUUCUUUUCUUUUUGGAUACUCUCUCAAGACCCUCGAUUUUCUCGCUAUUUACCGAACUGCCCGAAGACUCUCUGUCAACAUAAUAUUAACUCUCGAAAAAGGCCCUUUUUGCAGAGGUACACAGUACACUUCAAACUCCCCCCUACCCUCCCCCCACACACGCAAGCUCCCCUUGCAACUGGACGAAGAAUCGUUGAAGACUUGAAGUAAAGAUUUGAUUUUUAGCUUUUGAGGAGUAUGCGGUUUAUGCUUUCCUUCCUUUGCUCUGUUCUUGGCUAAAAUCUUGAGUUUUCUUGAUCAUCAGAAGCAAAAUCUAUACACUUAAGAUGGAGCAUGAGUUGGAAGUAGAGCAACCAAUGAAGUCUGGUGUUUUGAGGGCCAUUAAUUUUGACAUCCUAUCAACUUCGGAUGCCGCAAAAAUUUCAGCUAAGGUGAUAGGAGUAGCGAAUGAAGUAACGGACCCCGCUUUAGGAUUGCCAAAUGCACUGGGUAAGUGCCUUACGUGCGGAGUGCAAGAUGUGAAAUACUGUGGUGUGACAGACAAGGCAGCCCGACACAGCAUAAAGGAUGCUAAAGAAUGUGAAGGGCACUUUGGUCUAAUCGACCUACCAUACACUAUUAUAAACCCAUUCUUCUUAUCAGAAGUUGCACAAAUUCUCAAUAAAGUUUGCCCUGGAUGUAAAUGUGCUCGCAAAAAUAGGAUUAAGAUUGCUUCUUCCACAUCAGGGCAACAUGAGUUGGAGCACUGCAAGCAUUGUGAUACAAAGUUUAAAGAUUACCCACCAAUGAAAUUUAAAGUGUCAUCAAGAAACAUAUUCAAAAGGACUGCGAUUGUAGCAGAAGUGAAUGGAAAGUUAGUAGAGAAGUAUGGUCUGGCUUCUGAUUUUUGGGACAUAAUUCCUCGUGAUGGACAAACUGAAGGCUGUAGUGUGUCAGUUGAAUAUUCCAAGACACCGGAAGAUGUGGAAUCUAAACAAAGAGUUCUAUCACAUGCACAGGUUCAUUCCAUAUUACAAGAGGUUGAUCCCAGAAUCCUUGAUGCAUAUUUGAGAAGGAAAAACUCAAUCUUCCUUAACUGUGUGCUCUUGACUCCAAACUGUCACAGAAUCGUGGAAUUCCGCCAAGAUAUGCUCUUUGAUGAAAGGAAUGGGCUUUAUAAGAAACUGGUGGACUUCAGAGGGACUGCGAAUGACUUGAGCAUGCGUGUUCUUGACUGCACAAAGUUAACAAAGCUACGCGUUGCCAGGAAUCAAGCAAGCCAAGACCCAAUAUCUACUGCUUGUGGUCUGAAGUUCCUCAAAGAACUCAUCAUUGGAAAACGUACGGAUCAUGCCUUCCGGCUGGUUGUGGUCGGGGACCCGAAGGUACAUCUGAGUGAACUGGGGGUCCCAUGUCACGUGGCAGAAGACCUCCAGGUCAGCGAACAGUUGACUUCUCGGAAUGAGCAAAGGUUGACCGAGAUAUGUGGCAUUGGCAUUCUUAAAAACGGGCGUGUCGUGGUUAGAAGGGACGGAGAGGUGGUUCGGAUCACCGCAUUGGAAAAGCUGCGAAAGGGUGAUACUGUGUACAGGCCGGUUGCUGACGGAGACGUGGUGUUAAUAAACAGACCACCGUCUAUCCAUCCACACUCCCUUAUUGCUCUUACAGUCAAGGUACUCCCCAUGAGCUCCGUUCUAUCUGUUAACCCACUCAUCUGCUCUCCACUUCGUGGUGACUUCGAUGGUGAUUGCCUUCAUGGUUUUGUACCUCAAUCGUUGGAGUCUCGGGUAGAGCUACGGGAGCUAGUUUCUUUGGAAAACCAGCUGACUGACGUGCAAAGCGGGAAGAAUCUAUUGUCACUUAGCCAUGACAGUUUAACGGCUGCCCACCUAUUACUGGAAGAUGGCAUUUUACUCGACUGUUUUGAUAUGCAGCAGCUAAGCAUGUUCUGUAACCCCGCUCAACUCCCUUUGCCGGCUAUAACCAAACCUUGUGCAUGGACGGGGAAACAGUUGUUCAGCAUGUUUCUGCCAGGAGACUUUGAUUAUCAGUUUCGGUCAAACGGGGUUACCAUAAGCCAAGGCGAGGUUCUGUCUUCAAACGGAUCCACCUGGAUCGGUGAUGGGCCCCACGGGAAUCUUUUCCAAAGCAUUAUCAAACAUUGUGGAGGAGAAGCACUUAAGUUCUUGGAUUCUGCCCAAGAUGCUCUCUGUGAAUGGUUAACAAUGAGGGGAUUAAGCAUUUCUUUGUUGGAUCUUUAUCUCUCUGAUGACUCCGUGACCCGUAAGAACAUGAUUGAUGAGAUUUCAUGUGGUUUAAAAGAAGUAGAGAUGCUUUCUUCCAUUUCUCAGAUUCUAGUUGAAGAUAACCAAGACUUUCUGAUCGGGAGGCACCAGGAAGCUGCAAAGACUAUUUUUUCUCAACAGACGAAGAAGAAGACAGUUGGAAAUAGUCAGGCUUCAAUAUCUUCCUUUAAGAGGGAAUUUAGGGAUGUCCAGAAUCUCUUUUAUAUUUAUGCAAACAAGGAGAACUCUUUGCUUGCCAUGCUAAAGGCAGGAAGCAAAGGUAACCUUCUGAAAGCCGUACAGCAUAGUAUGUGUCUUGGUCUGCAGCACGCCUCGAUCACAAUGGGAUUCCAAAUCCCAUACAACCUUUCAUCAACCGGGUGGAAUGUUCCACAACAUUCUUCUGGACCUUAUGUCCCUUGUGCCGUGGUGAAGAACUCUUUUCUUGUGGGAUUGAACCCGCUUGAGGGAUUUGUGCACUCACUGACGACCAGGGAGAGUUCUUUUAGCGGGAACGCAGAUGUUUCCGGAAUUUUGACGCGUAAUCUCAUGUUUUUCCUGCGUGAUCUGUACGUCGGUUAUGACGGAACAGUUAGAAACGCGUAUGGGAACCACGUGGUUCAAUUUUCUUACAGUAAAGAAGUGCCUGAUGUUCUGGGAGGUCAUCCGGUGGGAUCCUUGGCAGCUUGUGCUCUUUCUGAAGCUGCAUAUAGCGCUUUGGAUCAGCCUGUUAGCAUCCUCGAGUCUUCACCGCUAAUGAACCUUAAGAAAGUGUUGGAAUCUGGUGGGCGAAGAAGUAGUGGGGAGAAAACGGCUUCACUGUACUUGUCCAAGAAGCUCCGAAAAUAUGCUUAUGGAUUUGAAUAUGGAGCUUUGGAAGUGAAAAGGCAUCUGGAAAGGGUUCUGUUUUCAGACAUUGUUUCUACAGUAAUGAUCUGCUUCUCCCCUGGGACAUGCCGAGACAGUGGUAGCCCAUGGAUUUGUCACUUCCAUAUAAAAAAGGACAUUGCAAAUAAGAGAAGGCUCACUACGCAAACCAUUGCUAAUGUGCUUCGGGUGCAUUCAACAACCACAUAUGCUAAACAAAAAAUUGAACUUCCAAAACUGCAGAUAAGAUGCAAUGAUUGUUCUGAUUCCGACAUGCGGAAGAUAGAAACAGACCUCUGCAUUACUGCAUCAUUUGUGGAAGCAUUAAAAGACUCGUCUGCAGAAUGUGAUGCCCUGCGUGAUAUUGUCAUGCCCUUCCUACUAGGAACCGUCGUUAAGGGAUUUUCAGCAUUCAAGAAAGUUGAUAUCUUAUGGAAGGACGGUUCAAAGAGAUCUCAUGGAGAACUUUAUUUGAGGGUUUUCAUGUCAGAGAACUGUGUGAGAACCACAUUCUGGCAUCUCAUUCUUGAUAGCUGCCUACAAAUAACAGACAUGAUUGACUGGGAGAGCAGCCAUCCAGAUGACAUCCAUGAUCUCUUUCUGGCGUUUGGCGUUGACGUUGCUUGGGAAGUUUUUCUUAAUGGUCUAAGCUCUGCAGUGUCUGAUGUGGGCAAGCAUAUACUUCCGGAACACUUGGCUCUUGCCGCUGACUGCCUAUCAUCCACGGGAGAAUUUGUUGCUUUGAAUGCCAAAGGGCUAUCAGACCAAAGGAAGGCACAUUCUGUCUCUGCACCUUUCUCCCAAGCAUCUUAUAAGAGUCCCGGGAUUGCAUUUAUCAAAGCAGCCAAGGCAGGAUUGGUCGAUGAGCUUCGAGGGAGUGCCGAAGCAUUGUCAUGGGGAAAGGUUCCUUCCAUUGGCACGGGUUUUGAGUUUGACGUUUUAUACUCUGGGGAGGGGCAUAAACCUGCAGAGCCAACCAAUGUGUACAGCCUGUUGAGUAUGCACUCACUGCUGAUGAAGCAGAACCCAGUGGUCAGUCCCAUAGAGACCAACGAAAUUUCCAUAAAAUCUCACAGUCAACUGCCAAGAAAAUAUGAUGACAUAGACCGUGAGAGGCGUGCAGAUAUGUUGAGAAAAUCAAUUUCUAAAGCAUUCUCAAUAGAUGACAUUCAAAAGCUCUCCCAUUCACUCUGUAAUAUCCUGAAGUCAUAUCGUGUUAAUGAUCAGUUGAACGAAUCUGAUAAGUCUGUUGUAAUGAAAGCUUUGCACUUGCAUCCUAAACGGGACAAGAAAAUUGGGGCGGGAGCACAAGAAGUUAAGGUAGGGUGUGAUGAAAAGUUCGGAUCACGAUGCUUCAUGGUGGUGCGAUCCGAUGGAACGACUGAAGACUUUUCAUAUCACAAGUGUGUGCACCAUGCCCUUGAGCUAAUCGCUCCCAACAAGGCGAAAACUUACCAGUCUAGGUGGAUCAAAGGCGACAAUUUACCGGUUAUGAUGGAUGAAGGGAGUAUACAUGUGGAACCAUAGGGCUUUGUACUUUGUACAUUGGUGUUUUUACAGUAGUGACAUUAGCUAGUUGAAUAGAGAUUGGAGCAGAAGCAACAGUUUUUAUUUUUUGUUGCCCAAAGGGGAGGUCAUGAAGCUUCUUUUUGCAGCUCCCACUGAAUCUUGUUUGCCUUUGCUUUGAGAUUUAGGCAAAGAGGAUUUAGUGGAAGUCGCAACGAAAAGCUGUCAAUGUCCAUUCAUUUUAUUUUUUCCAUGUUUUUUUGUCAAUGUAAUUGACUUAAGCUUCAGCUCAAUAAUUUUUUUUCCAUUUUCCUUUUGUAAACUGUAAUGGCUGCUAUUAAAAUUACUGCCUCCAUAGUCCAUAACCUCCAUUCAAUGAAUUCUCUGCCUAAGCAUUCAACUGUUCUUAA